UCCUGGCCUUUCCGGUCCAUUCCCGGUCCCUGCCCAUCAGAGCUCCUGGGCGCUGGCCUCUCCACCAUGUGCGGACUGCCGUCUCCUAAGGCAUCCUGUUGUGCCCGGGGCUGCCGGGUCCCGGCCACCGGGCUCCUCCUGCUCUCCUACUUGGCUUACUUGGUGCUGGGUACCGGAGUGUUCUGUGCACUGGAAGGUCGUGCGGCCCGGAACUCCAGCCGCAUCUUCCAGCGCGACAAGUGGGAGCUCCUACAGAACUUCACGUGUCUGGAUGGCCCGGCGCUGGACCUGCUGAUGCGGGACAUCAUCAAAGCAUACAAAGAUGGGACCUACCUCCUGGACAACACCACCAGCAUGGGGAGCUGGGAGUUUGUGGGCUCCUUCUUCUUUUCCGUGUCCACCAUCACUACCAUCGGCUACGGCAACCUGAGCCCGGAGACCAUGGCUGCCCGUCUCUUCUGCAUAUUCUUUGCUCUCAUGGGAAUCCCACUCAACCUGGUGGUGCUCAACCGGCUGGGCCACCUCAUGCAGCGAGGGAUGCACCGAUGUGUCCAACGGUUGGGGGGCGGCUGGCAGGACAGAGCCUCAGGCCAUUGCUGUGCACUGCAGGACCCGGCGCAGGCGCGGUGGCUGGCAGGCGCUGGCGCACUUCUCUCCGGCCUCCUGCUCUUUCUGCUGCUGCCCCCACUCCUCUUCUCCCACAUGGAAGGCUGGAGCUACGUGGAGAGCUUCUACUUUGCCUUCAUCACGCUCAGCACCGUGGGCUUCGGGGACUACGUGAUUGGGAUGGACCCCACCCGGAAUUACCCUAUAUGGUACAAGAACAUUGUGUCCCUAUGGAUCCUCUUUGGGAUGGCCUGGCUGGCCCUCAUCAUCAAAAUGAUCCUGUCCCUGCUGGAGACGCCAGGGGACAUGUGCACCUGCUCCCUACGCUGCUCCAAGGGGACAUCCAGGGUCGAAGCUGGAGGCAGGGCCCAGAAAGGGGACACGGGGCCCAAUCUCCAGGCACCGCCUCUGGAGCCUUGCAUUCUGGAUAGACAAUAUGACAAUGACAGCUCGCUGUGUUCUGGGAUUGCUACUCUUCCUCCACAGACCUCUGGUUAACCAUGACUUUCUGUGCCUUCCAGCCAGAUACAGCUAGGUGACUCAGGGUCAUCCAGUAGGCCAUGCAGCAGCUUACGGGAUGCGUCUUUGGGAACGGCGUGUGCUCCUCUUUGCCUAUUUCCUUCUUUUAGCCGUCUGCAAUGCUGACGUGGCGGCAAGAGCCCCGGCAGCCAUAUUGCACCAUGAAGCAGAGACCGUCAUUGAGAUUCAUAGCCCAGUAACAGAAGUAGCCCAGAGUCCUGGUCAUCACAGAGUCAUAGUGACAAACCAGGACUGAACACUGACUUGAUUCCUGCGAAAGUAGCAGAUGUCACAUUUGGAACUGUUGCUUGGGUGUUUCAAACAUAACGAAAUUUCAAUUCUAAAUGAUGCAUACAUAUCCAUAAGCAGACACAAUGGAGGCUAGAACCCACAAUGCCAGUGCCAGGUGAGCUUGCCUGGGACUGGCAGAGGCACAGACGGAGAGGAGGGAAACUCGGGACCCUCCACCCUCGGAACGUCCAGAGGAGUUCACAGGGCUUGCUGGUGAACCCCAGGACUGCUCCUGGAUCCUUCCCUGCUUUUUCAAAGUGAGCUGAGUAACAGCAUUCAUCCCUGUCUGCCUCCUGACUCCUGUCACCCAUGAUGGAUUUGUCCCCUAAAACCAUACUCUCAAUAAAUGUUCCCUCCCUUA